AUGGCACAAACAUCUCAGAAACAAACCCGUGUUGUUGCUCCCGUGUUUAUUCCCAGUAAUCAUCUGGACCCAUCUUUGAACAAAACUCGCUCCCGACGUGCUGAUAAACUGCCAUUGAAAACUUCAACACUAUCUAACGACAAGGCUGAUAUAGAAAUUAUAGUAACGAAUCCUAACUAUCAAUCAACGGCAUAUAUGACUUCACGACCAAAUACAACUCGUCACAAACUGCUUCGGGAUUUAAGUCAUACAGCGUUAUCGUCAAAGGAAGAGAUUUACACCGACCGUAGUGAAUAUAUAGAGCUUGAAAAAAAACGGAAAAAAGAGUAUCAAAGGGAUUUAAUGGAACAAAUCGUAGAAAAAAGACGUACUGUUCAACUUUUACGAGAAAAAGAACGUAUAGAGGAUGAAGCUUUAACAAGGCGUUUACAAGAGCAACUUAAAUCAAUUCAUUUGGAGGAACAAUUGGCCAAGGAAAACAUUUUCACUGAGAAGGAUACGAAGCAAAAUCGGCUCAUGAGAUCUCAACUUCUUGCUAAGUUAGAAAAUGAUGCUGAUACGCUAUUUGAUAACAAAAGUUUCGAAAAACGGGAAAUCCCAGUGGACACUGGCAAUGGAAGUUUAAAAAAUAGCAAAUGCUAUAAGAGGGGGGAUGUAAACAAAAAUAAAGUUUAUAAAUACUUUAGUAAUUCAACUCGCCAAGACAGCCACCAUUAUAACAAUAUGAGCUCGUAUACAAAUAUAAUUCCUGCCGAUAAACAUUUGGCUGAAAAAGAAUGUUUUCACUUGAGUGAAAAAAUUUGCUCGAAAUGUGAUGAACCGUUAAAGAGCUAUGAAAUUUGUUGUCUAUAUUGCCAAGAACGACUUUAUACAAAUCAACCAGAACGUGGAGAAGUUCAAUCAACGGUUAAAGGCAAUGUCAUUUAUUGUGAUAAACACAGUUCAAGAAUUGACAGUUUGACAUAUGAAAGGGAGAAUUGUAGAUCUAAUAAAAAAUAUACAUACAAUUUUGUAUUAGUUUGUCUUAAAUGUGAUCGAAUAUACAUAGCUUGUCAAAAUUGCGUUGCAAAGAAAGCCGUUUGCCGAGCCUGUCAUCGUAAACUUAACAUUUGCAUGAGUUGUAGACGUAAUAUAUGCAUGAAUGAAAUCGCUACGGGCCAGAAUACGGACCGAAUACAUAUGAAUGAUACGCAGGCUAAUAAAGAGGUUGAAGAAAACCAUUUAAAAGGCGUGGAUUCAUUUCACAUACUUAAUUUAAAUACUACUGCCUCAAAUAUUGCUGAAGAUGGUUACAACAGUUCGUUAAUUGGUACCGUUGCUAAAGAUACCCCAUGUCAUCAAAUCAAACAUAAUUUGGGGGAUGAGAAGCCACAUGUUCCUCAUUUGGAUAGUAUUGAAGUAAAGUAUUUUUAUUUAGAUGAAGACGAAAAUUCGAGCAUUGAUAGUGUCCGACACGAAACGGAUAAACAUCUGUCUCGAUACAUGAAAAAUUAUGGUGAUGUCGCCCGAUUGUGGAUAGACAAAGAAUGUAGCAAAAGCGAAUCUUACCAUUGUGUCACACAAACAAUAAAUUCCAACUUGAAGCGGCGUGAUAUUAUGCUGAAAGAAGAGCAUAAUUUGUCGAUGCCAUUGCUACGAGAAAUGCCAAAAAUGACGAGAAAGCAAUUAUUAAACUGUUCAGAAAUGGACACAGCACAUAGAAGACGGAAACUCAGUUGCAUCAAGCAGAAGUGGGAGGUGCCAGCCGUAAAGAAGUGUAUUAUUACACAGAAUCCUCAUACCCUAACUCAAGUGGGCGCUAUACGAAAGCAACUACAAGCUGAAUGUCUAAGUAAUGUGCAAAUUUAUUAGGUUUUAUUUAUCAAAGUAGUAAUUUCUAUAAAUAUUUUGGAUAAUAAUUCAAAUUUGUAUUGACUGUAUGAUCUUUAGAAAAUACAUAUACCAUUUAUUUUCUACCACAAA